AUGGAAGAAAAUGAUCGCCGCAACCGAGACCAGCAGGAGGACUCCGGAGAGGAGUCCAACAGAGCGAGUUCGCCUCUGCUCCAGGCGCCCGGGAACCAGCAGGCCCACAGGGUCACCAACUUCUACAUCGACAACAUCCUGAGGCCGGACUUCGGACGCAGGAGGAAGGACGGCACUUUAAGUGGGGGUGAAGAUAGUCCGGGGGCAGUAAUAAGGAGGGAGAACCACGGCGGGAGAGCGUCCAAAACUAGCAGCAUCCAGCAGCAUGGUGGAGCAAGGGGUGAGGAGGGGAGAGAGGGACCCGAGGACUCGCAGCCUGACACAGAGGUGAAGCAAGGUGAUGUAGGAGCCGCCGACGUGCCUCUAGAGCCCCGGGAAGAGAGUGGGGACCAGUGCCAAAGCUCCGACUCGGAUAGUGGUUCCCAAGCCACCCCUGUCACUUCGUCCAAGCCCAUGCUGUGGCCUGCCUGGGUGUACUGCACCCGGUACUCAGACCGUCCUUCAUCAGGGCCCAGAUCCCGCAAACCAAAGAAGACGCCGACGCCGAGCAAGGACGACAAGCGUCCCCGGACGGCCUUCACCGCCGAGCAGCUCCAGAGACUAAAGACUGAAUUCCAGACCAACCGAUACCUGACUGAGCAAAGGAGACAAAGUCUGGCCCAGGAACUCGGACUCAACGAAUCUCAGAUCAAAAUCUGGUUUCAGAACAAAAGGGCCAAAAUAAAGAAGGCCUCUGGGAACAAGAACUCGCUGGCCUUGCACCUGAUGGCUCAAGGACUCUACAACCACUCCACCACGUCCAGGGAUGGCAAGUCGGACAGCGAGUGA